AUGGAUGCUCGGAUUGCUUUAUCAAAUUAUGGUGCGGUUGUAGCAGAGUUAAGAGCUAGGCCGAUUUUUCUUCAAGAAAUUUGUGAAGCUCAGAGUAACGACAAUGAAUGGAAAGCUAAGAGAACUCAGCGUAAGUUGGGUUCUGAAUCUGAUUUUCGAAUUGGUUUUGAAUUUGAUUUUCGGGUUCUGAGAUUCAGCAGAAAAGGCAAGUUAAGUCAUCGUUUCAUAGGGCCUUACGAGAUCAUUGAAAGAAUAGGACUGGUAGCUUAUCGGUUGACUUUACUGUCAGAAUUGGAAAAGAUCCAUGAUGUAUUCCAUGUAUCUAUGUUGCGCCGCUAUAGAUCGGACCCCUCACAUGUGAUAUCACAGACAGAAGUUGAGAUUCAGCCGGACAUGACUUAUGGUGAAGAGCCAAUCAAGAUUUUGGAUUGGGAGAUCAAACAGUUGAAGAACAAGAAUAUCACCUUAGUAAAAGUGUUAUGGCAUAGGUAUGGGAUAAAGGAGGCUACCUGGGGGCCCGAGGAGGCCAUGAGAAACCAAUAUACACACUUGCUUACCAGUAAUAUUUUUGAAAAUGAAAAUCCCUAA